AUGACCAACAAACCUCGACAAGUUCCCGUGAAAAUUCGAAUCACCGUCGUUGGAUCGAAAGGUGUUGGAAAAUCAGCCUGCAUAGUGAAGUUCUUGACGAACAAAUUCCUCUACGACUACAGUUCGAAGCAGGAUAAUAGCUAUCACAAUCAAGUGACCGUGGAAGAAACUAUCUACGAUCUGGAAAUCACGGACAUAACGAAGCACAGUAAUACGGAAUCUCUGCCGGUACAGAAGUGUGAAACCGUCGACGCGUUUGUGGUCGUGUACUCGAUCGACAAUCGCAAAAGUUUCGAUGAUGCCUCGGAUUGGUACUCGGACCUCGAUGCUCGUUAUCCCGAUAUCCCGAUCCUUCUGCUAGCGAACAAGACCGACAAGGAAUAUUCCCGCGAUGUCGACGCCGAAGAAGGGAAGGAGCUUGCGGGGGAUCUGUUCUUCGAAGUUUCCGCUGCCAACACGGAAGCGGUCUCUUUGCAGAUGGCUUUCGCCAGCCUGUUCAGAAAAAUCGUGGUGCUGAGAAACUGCCAAACCGUGAAGAGGAAGCUCAGUAUGACGAAAAAGAUCGGAAGUAUUUUCACCCGGAAGGAUUCAGUUCGACGCAUCAGCACUAGUGCCUCCAUGUAG